AUGAGGCUCCUCUCCUCCUCCUGUUGGGUCUCUCUCCCACUGGCAUCACCAUCAUCAUCAAUCACUAGAGCAGCUGUUCCAUAUAGAAAGUUGUGGAUUGGUGCCACAAACCUGAGGAUGGACAAGAAGAGAGUAGAAGGAAAGGAGCCAAGAGAAAAGGCGGGAGAGGGUAAUGUUCAAUUCAAGCCUGAGGUUCAUCAAAUACAACAACUCCUAACCACCGAGUCUUCUGGUGGUUGGGAGAAUUGUUGGGAGCAGGGAUUGACACCAUGGGAUUUAGGACGCCCAACACCAAUUAUCUUGCAUCUUCAUCAGACUGGUGCCCUUCCUAAGGGCAGGGCUUUAGUCCCUGGAUGUGGUUCUGGUUAUGAUGUGGUAGCAAUGGCAUGCCCUGAACGCUAUGUUGUUGGAUUAGACAUCUCACACAAGGCCAUUGAGAAAGCAGUAGAGGCAGACUUCUUCACUUGGCAACCUCCUGAGUUGUUUGAUCUCAUUUUCGAUUAUACGUUCUUUUGUGCUAUUGAACCAGGGUUGAGAUCAAGAUGGGCAAGCAAAGUUCAAGAAAUGUUGAAACCUGAUGGAGAGCUCAUAACAUUGAUUUUUCCAAUCAGUGAUCAUGUUGGUGGACCCCCAUAUAAAGUAUCAGUCUCUGAUUAUGAAGAGGUGUUGCAUCCCAUGGGUUUCAAGGCUGUAACCCUUGUUGAUAAUGAACUUUCCAUUGGAGCUCGCAAGGGAAGAGAGAAACUUGGAAGAUGGAAGAGGAAUACCAUAGCUAUCGCUUUGCUAUAUAAGAUUCACUUCAAUCAUUCUUUCAUUACUUCUGAUGCAAUGUGA